CGUCAAGCCAGGCUUUCUACAUCAUAGGCUCCACGUGGGCUCCUGAAGCAGCAGCUAGGUGAUGGGCGUGGUGGGAUGCGUGAUUGGAUUUCUCCUGUAGGAGCACGGUAGCUGAUGCCCCUCACUUGGCACCUGUGUUGGCCCUGGCAUCAUGGACAACAGAAAAACUCAGAUGUACACAGAAGGUAGAACCAAGGCUCCAGGGACCCAGCCAAGUCCUGGUCUGAGAAUCACCAUAAAGAGGGCUGGUGUUGAGCCCACCAUACAAGGAGUCAGCCAGGUCGUGAUUCAGGAUGCUUCAGAAUUUGGCAGCGGGAAGCAGCCCUCAUCAGCCUCAGGAGGGUCAGAGAAGGGGCCCAGACACAGAGAAGCAUUCAAGGUGGAGUCUUCAGACCUCAAGACCCAGGAGCCGAGGCCUCCAGCAAAACCAGGGAAGAAGCAGUCCUCUUGGGUCCCCCAGAAAGGGUCCCAGGAGCUGCAAGCAGGCCAGGAUCAGAGUGAGCUGGGGUUGUCGCCUUCCUGGGUUCCUGAAGCACCUGAAGGACUGCAGCAGCCGGGCUCUGGGAAAGAGAUCGAGGGCCAGCAGGGGAGGCAACGGAACCCAGGAACCAGGGAGGAUCAGCCUCCUGAGAGCUGCCAGGGCACUGGAUAUCAGUCCACCCUAGGUCACCAAGCAGACAUGGUGCAGCCAAGAGACGCUUCUUGCCCCUUGGAGAGCCAUGGCCAGCCACUGAGAGACAAGUGCCCCAAGGAGGCAGGCAUCCCACACAUCAGACCACAGGAGGCUCUGCCAGAGCUCAGCCCAGGGGGACAUGAGGAGAGCUCUCAGGAAUCAAUGUCCCCAGUGUCCAUGGUGGCUCCAGAGGAAAAGACAGCCAACCCCUUCCUGCCAUCCAUGCCUGGACCUAAAAAAACAAAAGAAGGGGUUGAGGCUGUGGAGACCCAGCCAGCACCUGGGCCUUUUCCUCCACCAGAGGUGAGGGACAUUGGAGAGAGGAGUGAGCCAGACCAUGCACAGCAGCAGCUUCAGGACCCCGUAGUGGCUGCAGGGACACAGAGCCUCGGAAACCCCCGGCAGGGCUUCAUUAAGUGCUUGCUGGAGGUGGAGGAAGUGGAGGCCUCCCAUCAGAAAGCCCUGAAGGCUCGGUCCCUGACAGCCCAGAAGUCCCCCAGGACCAUGACCCGUGUGCCCACCUCAGCCCCAAGCCUGCCUCAGACCCCUGCCUCAGCCCCUGCCAGCGGCUCAUCAUGGGCCCGGCUGCCAGCUCCUGGGCCAGUGCCUGCCCCUGUGGGAGCCCUGGCCUCCACCUCCAUGCCUUGCCCUGUCCUGCUGGCCCCCUCCCUGGACCUGAGCUGGAGGAUGGAACUCUUGCAUCAGAGCAGCGAGAGGACCCUGAGCUACGCCAAGGCACGGCAGGAGCCGGGAGAGCACGGCCUCCAAAAGCUGUGUCAAAACUGGGAGGAGAGGCCCGAGGAGCAUCUGACCCUGAAGCAAGAGGAAGCCUUCCGCAGCUACUUUGAGAUCUUCAAUGGCCCUGGUGAGGUGGACGCACAGAGCCUGAAGAAUAUCCUGCUCCUGGUGGGCUUCUCUGUGACGCCGGCCCAGGUGAAGGACGCCCUGAUGAGUGCUGAUGUCAAUGGAGAUGGUCAUGUGGACUUCAAAGACUUCUUGGCUGUGAUGACAGACACCAGGCGCUUCUUCUGCUCUGUGGAACAGAACACCCUGAUGAACAUGGCUCCCCACAACCCCCACACGCUGCUCUUUGAGAUCCUGUCCCAGCUGGUAGAGAUGCUGGCCUUACCAGAGGCAGCCUUGGAGGAAAUCACAAACUACUACCAGAAAAAGCUGAAGGCAGGCACCUGCAAGGCCCAAGAAAUGGAAGCGGCCAUACACCGGCUGCGGUUGCGGAAGAAGAUUCCCUACAACCCCCAGCAGGAAGAGAGCUCAGAAGUCCCAGAACGAAAGGUCCUCAGUAUCCUGAGCCGGCUGAAGCAGCAGAACUAUGCUCCCAACCUGCAGAGCCCCUAUGGCCAGGUGCCCUGCAUCCCGCUCUGCCCGCGGUUGGACAAGAAGAUGGUCCGUGGGAAGCCAACCACCCACCACGUGCUAGACCAGUGCGUACCCUCUGGCCUGGAUCCUGACAUCCAUAGCCCCUUCUUCCAGUCAGGAUCUCAAGGAAACAGGGAACACAACUCUGACAGCAGAAAGUGGCUCAGCUCUACGCCGGCUCGAACCCACUGA